AUGAAAAACAUCCUGUCCUGGAAGGAAGAGGAGGCCAGGCUGGAUGCACUGAGGGAGGAAGAGGAGCAGAAGAGUGGGAUGAUGAAGGAGAAGAUGGAGGCUCUGAGCAGAGAUAUAGCAACUCUUUCAGACACAAUCAGAGCCACAGAGGAGGAGCUGAGAGCUGAAGACAACUCAUUUCUGUGCAGCUACAAGGCUGCAGUGGAAAGAGUCCAGCGCUGCCCCCUGGUGGAUGAUCCACAGCUGACCUCAGGAGCUCUGAUAGACCAGGCCAAACACCUGGGCAACCUGACCUUCAACAUCUGGAACAACAUGAAGGACAUGGUCUCCUACACUCUUCUCAUUCUGGACCCAAACACUGCUCAUCCAGAACUCAUCCUGUCUGAAGAUGUGACCUGUGUGAGACGAGGAGGAGAGAGGCAGCAGCUUCCCAUUAAUCCAGAGAGGUUUGAUUACUCCUGCUCUGUUCUUGGCUCGGAGGGCUUUAACUCAGGGACUGGCUGGUAA